AUGAUCAGAUCUUGGGUGACAGCAACACAUAUUCCAGGAAUCCUCAAUGUCGAUGCCGACACGGCAUCUCCUCAAUUCAACCCCAGGGUGGAAUGGACAUUGGACUCCCAGAUAUUUCAGAAGAUAGUGGAUCUGUUUUAUCUCCCGGAGGUCGACCUGUUUGCAUCAAGGCUAACCCACCAGGUCGAGAGUUAUGUCUCUAGAUUUCCAGAUCCGAGGGCAAUAUCAGUCGACGCACCAUCUUCUGUGGGCAACCCUCAACCUGGCGGUAUGGCCAGUAUCCGGAGACGUUUUGAAACAGCAGGAUUUUCGCCAGACGUUAUCGAGAUCCUCCUAUCAUCAUGGAGUGAGUCCACUAAGAAGAGAUAUGCUGGCCCGUGGAAAGCUUGGGCUGAAUGGUGUACCAUGAGUGGGUGGUGUCCCUUUUCAGCACCUGUGACAGCAGUUCUUUCAUUCCUAGCCAGUUUGUUGAAAGAGAAAGACCUGGAGUAUCGCACAAUUGCAGUCUACAGAUCUACCAUUUCGCAAACACAUGAUCCUAUAGAUUCUGUACCACUCGGUGAACUGCCUAUUGUUUCCAAAUUCAUGAAAGGAGUAUUUAGGGCAAAGCCGCCCAAACCAAAGUAUUGUUCUUCCUGGAAUCUUGCGAAAGUGUUGGAUUUUCUGAGAAAUUAA